CAGUAGGCUAACAAAGCAACCACCUGUUCUGCAAAAUGGACAAUCCAGAAGUGGUUGCAGGCGAAGAGUUUGAAAAGUCGGCUUGGAAUUUCUGGAGUGCGUUUGAAAAAAGGAAUAGACUUAGAAAAACUGCGUCAAGCACAGGAAGAGGACUUUGAAAUUCAACUUCGUGAAUCAGACGAUGAAGAGGAUUCUGCAUAUUUUGAAGCAGAGGAUGUGUUUCAGCAGUUGAACUUUGCAGCUGUAGACGAAGGAGACAGUACAACAACAGACCAUGAAGAUGAACACUUGGUAUGAACCUGUGUUGUUUUAUUAUAUUACAAGUGUACAAGUGUGUAUUGUAACUUUCUGAUGGUACUUCUCAAGUCUCCAUUUGCUCGAUUGGCACGUGGUAUGCAGCAAGUCACUGCCGAUGGUGGCAUGUUGAAGAAAGUUAUUCGAACUGGAACGGGACGUGCAAUCCCUGAUGGUGCUACGGUGCGAGUGCAUUACAAUGCCUACCUCGAAUACAAUGACGAGCCUUAUGACUCAUCACGACUAAGAAACAAACCAGAGCAGCUGAAGCUUGGUGAAGGUGGAUUUCUUGGGUUUGAUAUUGCAAUUAGUGGAAUGAAGUGUUCUGAGAUAUCUCAAUUCCUUAUCAAACCAGACUAUGCAUUUGGAAAAGUUGGAUGUCCCCCUCGAAUUCCUCCUCAUGCGUCAUUGUUUUUUGAGAUUGAGCUUAUCAGCUUUAUCGAUUCUAAAGCUUCUGAUGACUUUCAAGGAUUCUCUGAGGAAGAUCGAAGGCAAGCAUCUGUAGACCAGCUGCUUGAAGUAUGUCGUUCAGAACGAGAGAUAGGCAACGAUUACUUUCAUCGAAAGCAGUAUGGUCGUGCAAUGUCCAAAUAUGGCAGAGCCAUCAACCUACUGGAGCAUGCUCGUAUUCAGAAUGAAGAAGAAGAGCAGUUGUGGAAAGUCUCACUUACAAGACUCUAUCUUAACAUGGCACUGUGCUGUUUAAGAAAGAGCACUGCUACACGAGCUAUCAGUUUUGCUAACAAAGUUCUUGAGUUUGAUGCAAAGAAUGUGAAAGCACAUUUUCGUCUUGGGCAAGCAUACAUGAUGUUGAGUGAGUUUAGGAGGUCCAGAGACAAGUUUAUUGUUGCUGCUCGUCUGGAACCAAACAAUGAGGAAAUUCGAAGGGAACUGCAGAAACUUAAUCGGCAUGUAGAGAAGUUUCAAGCUAUGGAACGACAGAUGUGUUCUAACAUGUUUUCUGAUGUCAGAAAAGGGUUACCUGAAGUUGUUUGCAAAAAAGGAGAGCCAGCUAAUAUACCCAAAGACCAAAGGGAUGCUAUAGUGAAGGGUCUUCAGCUUUUCAAGGACGACAGUGGUCUUAUUGAGAUGCCCUUUCCCGCCAAUUUAUCUAAUUCAGAAAUUUCCUGCAUUCAAGCAGUAGCUGGUGAUCUGGGACUGAAAAGCGACAUCAUCAUGGAACCAGAGAAGCACGUGAAAGUGUUCAAGGAAGUAGCUGAUGAAGACUAGAGAGGAUAAACGCGUACUGGAGAUAUAAGUUGACUUUAAAACAAUGCAGGUUGUAUUUCAUUAGGAUGUUGUUUGACUUGUUGGUGGUGGGUAAACAUUUUAAGAGUUGUCUUGCCUUCCCAGUUGUAGAGAUAUGAUUUUACCUAGAGAGUUUUCUUUGAAGAGUCA